GGGCAAAUCUAGAACGUCAUUACUUUCGUAAGAGUACGUGCAUGCUCCAUAGUAAUCGAUAGAGGGCGGAGUUACUUCGGAGCAUGCAUCCCCUCCAUCAAGCCACGCAUGGAGUUUAGAUACAAGCACUAGUUAGUCCCCAUUGACCCCCGACAGCAAUUGUAGCUUUCCUACGAGUACCAGUAAUUAAACAACACCGAUUACACUAGCACCACCACCACUACCUUGGACUUCCACCAUUGCUUGCAAUGUACGAAGAUUCGUGGUAUAAUGCCUUUGUCCCGCGGGCUGCCAAGCCUGUUCAAUCUACCACCCAUCGGCGCCGCGAGUCGCUGCUCAAACAGCCAAACGAGGGUAAGGCUGACGUCGAGCGCGCAGAGGGUAUUGCGGAGACCAUAGAUGAAGGUUUAGAAAAGGUCAUUGGGCCUCCGCAAGCAACCGUAGCUCGAAGGGCCAAAUCGUACAGCGACUUCUACAACGUAGUAAGGGCACACCUGAAGAAGGAGGAGGAGCUAGAGAAGAAGAAGAACCAUGGGGCAUUGGCCAGUGAGCUGGACUUCGCCGAAUGGUAUAGCGAGAUCGACGAAGAGCUCCUGGAUGUCAGCCACGACGACUACAAGCUCUACGCAGAACAGCUCCAUCUUACUCGAUCGCAUCUUGACAACGUCAUCUCGGACACCACCUCGACACUCGACAUUCUUGCGUCCCUAACCGAGUCCUUCAAGAUCGUGGAAACCCAGACCACUGCGUUUCAGACUCAGUGCGAAGGUCUGAUUGAGGAUCAGAAGCGGAUAACCAAAUUAGCAGAUGACAUGGAGCAGAAUCUAAGAUACUAUCUCUACCUCGAACCUAUAACGAAGAGACUCAAUGCACCGGGUGCCGGGAGCAUUGUGAGAGGAAAAGAGUUCACCGAGAUGCUAGUCAACUUGGAUAACUGCUUAGACUUCAUGCAAGCACAUCCAAACCACCGCGAAUCAGCCACAUACCGUUCACGAUAUCGUCUCCUCCUCACUCGCGCUUUGACCCUUAUCCGCGUCCACUUUACGGAAGCCCUCCGCGAGAUCGCUGCAGAUGUUUCGAGACGGAUUGCCGAUCGUCAACUGAACGACACAACCAUGUCAGCGCUUCUCUAUGCUAAAUUCCGAGUUGGUGCGCCGGAACUGAAGAGGAUUGGUCUAGAAAUACAAAAGCGCGCAGUGCUGCCUGAAGGUGCUGCACCUGGGGCAGAGGCAGAAUAUCAGAGUCUGAUGAAUGAGCUUUACCAGAGUUACUCCGCCACUCGUGGUCGUCUCAUCCUUCCUAUUGUGACCAAGAAGAUUGGAGAGAUUGCCCAGGCUCCUAGCACUUCAAAAGACUUGGUGUCGUUUGCUCGAAGUAGCAUCAGCUACAUCCGUGGUAUUUGCUUCGAUGAAUAUGACUUAUGGGGUGAAUGGUUCGAUGGCGAAGGCGGACUGUACGACUUUUUGGAAGCCAUGUGCGAACCACUGUACGAUCAUCUCCGUCCACGAACUAUCCAUGAGACGCAGAUUUUGAAACUUUGCGAGUUAUGCAAUUUGAUUCAAACGCGCUACAUGGAGGAGGAUGAGGAAGAAGAAGAUACGGAUGAGGAAUCUCCCAUUAAGAGCAAAUUGGAUUUUACCACUCUUGUGCACCCGGCACUACAAGACGCACAAACCCGUCUUGUGUUCUUAUCACUAGCGAUCUUACGCGAUGAUAUCGAGCGUUACAAGCCGAAACCAGAGGAUUUGGAUUAUCCUGCUAGGAACAAGAAGCUCAAAGCAGGAACCAAAAAAGCCAACGGGCCAGUCCUUUCUGGAAAACGAAAUCCAAAGCAGGAUGUACCGUCCGCCCCUCCUAUGCCCAAAACGCCGAUGGUCGUCGAGGAGGAGGAUGACUCGGAAGCCCGCUGGAAUUUUAAUACGGAGGCAGCAUUUGAAGAUUGGUACCCGACCUUGCGAAAGGCGAUCUGGCUGCUCAGCAAGAUCUACCGACUGGUUCACUCCUCGGUCUUCGACGAUCUUGCUCAUCGCGUCGUACAUGGUACAACUCAUAGCCUCACCAGCGCCAGCUCACAGAUUGCCAAGUCUGCAUCGCCGACUGAUGCAUCCCUCUUUUUGAUAUCCCACCUCCUACUUCUGAAGCAGCAGAUUGUUGCAUUCGACAUAGAAUACGUCACUCCUGAGACUGAUCUGCAAUACGACUUCCAAAGCAUUACCAACACUUUCUGGGAACUUCGAUCCCGCGGUGGUCUCUUCAAUCCAAGAAACCUCAUGGGAAUGCUGAUUCCCAAAGUUGUAGAGAAUAUGCUUGAUGCGAAAGCUGAAGUAGAUGCUAGGUUGAGACAGGCGAUCAAUGACUUUACAGGCCAAUUUGUGGAGAGAAUGACUGCACCGAUCGCCACCAAGGGUGCCAAAGCUGUACAGAAAUUUCCCAUCGCCGAGGCCGCAGCACGGACAUCAAAGGUUCGCCAAACAGUUGAGCAUGAGACGCCAUUUCUUCGCACGAAGGUUGGCGAGUACAUUGAGGAUGCUCGGACACGGGAAAUGCUUAUCGCUGCAGUAAUGGAGAACGUGACACAGUCAUACGAAGAUUGGUUUGAUACAGUCUACACGCCGUUAAUACAGCAAACGAAUGGCACGCCAAGGAGCAGCAAGGGCAAAGGCCGGGAAGACGAUGUUUGGGACCCAGAAGCGUUUGGAGAAUGGUGCAAUGGGGUAUUCGGGGUUGGUCUGUUUGGGCUAGGGAUUGCCAACCACGAACAAGAGGAUGUAGGGGGGGCGAGUGACAAUGAAAGUUAUAGUAGAGCGAGUGGCCGUACGGGGACUCAGAGGACUGGUGGGCUUCGGAUCAAGAUGUGAAUCAUAAAAUAAACCUGUCUUGUUAGCCCUAUAUUUCUUCUCACCUUUCUCCGCUGACCAUGGAGGUCUCUUCACUGAACUUCAAGCAAUGACCAAACCAGAGUUUGGACUGAAAAAGUCAAUGAUAGCUCUACGUACUAAUAUCGUAUUCUAAUUAAAAAGCAUUGUAGCAUAGCCAAAUGGCGUAGAUUCUGAAUAGAG